AGAGAGAGAGAGAGAGAGAGAGAGAGAGAGAGAGAGAGAGAGGGAUAGCGAAGCGAAAUCUACAGCUGAUACACUAAUAAACUCUGGAAAUACGCGCUCUGCCAUGGCGAGAGGACCAAUGCAGCGAUAUCGGCGUCCCUUCUCUCGCAUUGCAACUAUCUGAGAGGCAGCAGCACUGUUUUGAGGGGUGGAUGAACGUGACUGUGACGCGCCAUAGAACCCGCUGCGUUCCAUCGCAUCUGCAUUGUAAUCAGUUACUGUUCCGCCUGGUCCUGAGAAGAAGAUACAAAGUUUCAUUUGAACUCUCCUGGGGAAGGGUGAACUAAUAAGCAAGCGAGCGGUGAUAACGCUAUGAAGAGCGGCACGGCUGCCCAUGCAUUGUCUCUGUAGGCACGGCCGGAUUGCCAGCUUGCAGGACUGAGUCACCGCACACAGGUAGGAGGUAGGGUGGCUCAACCGUUCCUGUCGGGGUUCUGCUGUCAUAAAACCGGGUGCCCGAGGAGCUAAAACUGUUAAUUCACUUUCUCUCUGGGGUCUGUCUGGUGGAUAUUUCCAAGGGAACUGAAGGAGAUCUCCCGUCCUAGCAUGUAUAAUAUGCAAACUGCCGGCUCCAUUCGCCGAACCUAGACGAGAACUGUGCGUCUGGCGUGGCCCCGAUCGCCUCUGCGUCUACAUCGUGUGAUUAGUUCGGUGUGGUCUAGGGAUUCAUGUGCGUGUACAAACAUGGAUAACGUCAGCGCCAACCACGACUCCGGAUACAGUCGCCGGGUCCGAAAGUAACGGGAACUUUGCAAAGCAAAUGUUAUUCUGUUCAUCUGCGCACGGUACGGUUCCAGGAUGAGCACGGAUCUGGAACGCAUGUCUCUGAAUUCGUCCUCGGCCGACUCCGUGGGCUCCGGCGGGCGAACGCUGUCAGCCAACGUGAGGAAGCUGCACAAUGCCCUCAACCUGUUACUGAACGACUUGGAGAGGGAGCAGUUCAUCCACUGCCUGAACGUGUACCACUCCAAAAGGAACGUGUUCGACCUGGUCCAAACUCUCAAAGUCAUACUCAGCACGCCGAGCAAGCGGCAGCUGCUUCCCAUGCUGCGGCUGGUUAUCCCCAGGUCGGAUCAGCUCCUCUUUGAUCAGUACACCUCGGAAGGCCUCUACCUGAAAUCCGAUCUGCUAACAAGUAACGGGAACCCCGUGACUGCAGAGAGCCCAGGGAAAGCGAUCCCUUUGGCCGCCAAUGCUAACGCGCUGCCCGGCCAUUUCCAGGCUCCCCCUCUGCAGCACCGUCCAUCCUCGGGCAGUUUCAGCACCAUCAGCGAGGGGACAGUUCCGCCGACUCCUUUUCCAGGGCGAGCGGUGUUUCCAGAGACUCCCAGCGAUGUCAGACAGGUGACCCUCAAACGAAGUAAGAACAGAGAAGGACUGGGGUUCAGCAUCCGCGGCGGUUCGGAGCACGGGGUGGGCAUUUAUGUGUCUCUGGUGGAGCCGGGAUCGCUGGCCGAGAAAGAGGGUCUCAGGGUCGGCGAUCAGAUCCUGAGAGUGAACGACAGAGUGUUUGAUCGAGUCACGCACGCAGAGGCGGUGAAGGUUCUCAAGGGCUCUAAGAAGCUGUCUCUGUCAGUGAGCUCCGUGGGGCGGAUCCCUGGCGGCUACGUGACCAAUCACGUGUACACAUGGGUGGACCCCCAGGGCCGCAGCGUGUCCCCACCCCCCGACCUGACUGAGCACCGCAGCGCCGCCUUGAGGCGGAAAGACGGCGAGCGGAGGAGCAACCUGCAGCUGCUUCAGGAGGGGGACGAGAAGAAGGUGAACGUGGUGCUGGACGAUGGCCGCUCGCUGGGGUUGAUGAUUCGGGGCGGGGCCGAGUAUGCCCUGGGGAUCUACAUCACUGGAGUGGACCGGGGCUCUGCGUCCGAGAGCGGGGGGCUCAAGGUGGGGGAUCAGAUCCUAGAGGUGAACGGGUACAGUUUCCUCAGCGUGCCUCAUGAUGAGGCAGUGAGGAUCCUCAAGUCCUCCCGGCACCUCAUGAUGACCAUCAAGGACGUGGGCCGCCUGCCGCACGCCAGGACAGUGGUGGAUGAGACCAAGUGGAUCGCCAGCUCUCAGAUUGCAGAGAGCGCCGCCUCGGGCAGCAUUGCUGGGUUGUCUGAUCAGGCUGCUCCCGCUGCUGGGAAGCCAGUGUUCUAUAAGGGCGUGGCCGGCUCCCAGGUGAUGCUGUCCAGUCUGAUCAGCCAAUCGCGCGCCAUGCUGGAGGAGCAGGCGCGGCACCUGCUGAACGAGCAGGAGAGACAGACCAUGGUGUACUACCUGGACGAGUACAAGGAGGGACACAUCGGCAUCCAGGCCCUCGUCAUGGCCCUGCUCGAGCUGCUCAACACACACGCCAAGUUCUCUCUGCUGUCGGAGGUGCGGGGGAUGGUCACUCCCCAGGAUCUGGAGCGCUUUGACAGCCUGGUUCUGAAGAGGGAGAUCGAGUCCAUGAAGGCGCGGCAGAACUCGGGCACGGUGCCGGGCACAGACUCCUUCUCCACGGUGUCAUUCGCUGACACACUCACCUCCACUGAGAGCCACUUCACCUCGAGCACACUCAGCUCUGCGCGGAAUGAGCGCACUCUCGACGGGUCCAGCGAACGCCUGCAGGAGAGUGCUGACAGUCUGCCUGACAUCUCUCUGGAUGAAGUCCAGUCUCUGGCAGACCAUCCUCCUCCCUUCAAGCCCCCCCCUCCCCCAGCGGUCAGUUCAGGGGGUCUGCAGCGGCGGCCGAGCCGGAGAGAGCAGCCCAAGCGGUCAUCGUCCGAGUCCUCCCAGUCCGGCCUCUUCUUCACCGCUCCCCACACUCCCGCAGCGUCCAGCGAGGCAACGUCCAGCGAGGCAGCGUCCAGCGAGGCAACGUCCAGCGAGGCAACGUCCAGCGAGCAAACCUCCCUCUCCACCUCCCCAGCCCCAGCCGUCAGCAAAGCAGAGGUGACCGCCCAGCUCUCGCUGGUCAACCACCACCCCAUCGGCCCCUUCCCCCGAGCCCUGUCCCCGACCCGGGUUAAAUCCCCUGAGCCCUCCUUCUCUCCCAGCCCCCCUCCUCCCCCUUCUCACCCUGCCCCAGCCACGCCCAGUCCGGCCUGUUCGGGGGGUUGGGACAACCCAUCCCCUCCUCAGAGGGAUUCCUCCUCGGCCUCCAAUCAGCACUUCGUCAUGGUGGAGGUGCACCGCCCCAACAGCGAGCCCGACGUCAAUGAAGUGAAGCCGCUGCCCCAAGCCAGAGCGGCUCUCUCGCUCCUCCCCCCAGCCUCCACUCUCUGCCAGCUCUCAGACAGUGGACAGACGCUGAGCGAGGACAGCGGGGUGGACAUUGCGGACAUGGGGGCCAACAGCAAGGACAGCAGCCCCCUCCCAGCCAAGAGCUGGGGGGGCGAGGGCAAGACAGAGCCAGCUCCUAAACCGGUGAGUGAGGCUCUCCUCCGCGGCGUCCAGCACCGCGGCGGCGAGGUCCAGAGCAUGUCACUGCUGGGGGUUCAGUUCCCACCCAACAGCUCGAGCGGAUGCACAAAGUUAAAGCCCGGUCUCCUGGAGCCCACUUCCUCACUGGUGAGGGUGAUGAAGAGCGCCACCACGCUGGGCAUUGCCAUCGAGGGAGGGGCGAACACACGCCAGCCCCUGCCCCGCAUCGUCACCAUACAGAGGGGCGGGUCGGCGCACAACUGCGGCAAGCUGAAAGUGGGUCACGUGAUCCUGGAGGUGAACGGCGCCACGCUCCGAGGGAAGGAGCACAAGGACGCGGCGCGGAUGAUCGCCGAAGCGUUCAAAACCAAAGAGAAAGACUAUAUCGAUUUCCUGGUGACGGAGUUCAACGUAGCACUUUAGGUGAAACAAGAACUAACGUGCUCAUGACAUGCGCAUCCUCAUCCAGAAUGCAUGACUAUAGUACAGGGUGGACAGGAGCGGCUUAUAUAAAGCAAGCGAAUUCAGGGUUCAUACACAUGAUCGAACCUCAUGCACUUGUUAUAGAUACAGUAAGCAUGCUGCUCUCUGAGAGACAGGCUGUCGCGGUCCUCGUGUGCGGGGGGCGACAGUCUGGCAGUAGACAGUUGUUUUAGAAGAGGGUUAUAGAUCCAUAUUGGUUUUUUAUAAUCUAUACCCAGAAAAAAAACAAAUACAAACAAAUAUAGAUAUGAAGUGAAUUGCCAUUGAAUUGCAUUGUAUCAUCAGUGCGUUGCUACCAUCACCGCUGUCAGCUUUAUUACUGAAGAGGAUGGUGACGAAAUGGAAGUGAAGCGAGAGCAGUUCUUUGAAGUCUUUGUUUGUCUGUGUUGUGAAUGCAUUGCUCAGCCCCUGCACCUCUCAGUAGAUGCUACACUGUGCCUGGCCCCUAGCUGCCCAUGUCUCUUAUUUUCUUAGUGGAUUCUGUUUCCUUGGGUUAUUGCCCUGCCUCUCUCGUCACGGUUUGUCUUUAUAUCACAUGUACAGUUUAAUAAGACGCUUUGUGAAUUGCAACGUCCGGCAUUGUAUUUAUACAGAACUAGUGUGUUUAAUUUUCCAAUAAAGAGAAUAUACCACAGAU